CUGCUGUAGCCAUAUAAAAGGGAGUACAGCAUAGCUUUCCACAAAUCUCUGGUGAACUUAGCAUGUACUCGAGGUAGCUCAGGACCCGAGAUAAGGACAGAACAGUGUUUGGCUCGUCACUGCUUGACAUUAUAGUGCAUUUGCGAGAUUUGUUUUGUUUUUAGAUUUUGCACAUUUACAAAGAUCACUUCAACAUGGUGGCCAUGACCAAACGGGUCAAGAUCUUUCAGAUCGUCUUCAACGACCCGACUAAGACUUUCUACUGCAGUGGGGAUAAAGUCGCUGGGAAGAUCGUAGUCGAGGUGAAUGAAGCUACGCGCGUCUCCGCGAUGCGCGUCCUCGGCGUGGGUUGCGCCAAAGUGGAUUACUCCAAGGGGAAGCAGAGAUGUCGACAGGAGAUUGACUACCUGAAGUAUGAAGAAGUGGUUCUGCUGGACGACCAGCCUGCAGAUACUGACGGCUCGGUCAUCCUCAGACCUGGAAACAAGUACGAAUACAUGUUUGGCUUCGAGCUUCCACAGCAAGGGCAGCUGGUGUCUUCAUACGAUGGGAAGUUCGGGAGCGUGCAGUACUAUGUGAAGGCGUUGAUGGAGAGAGCGUCUCAGCCCGCACUCGAGUGCAAGAAGAACUUUGAGGUGGAAGAGCCACUGGACGUGAACACGCCGGACUUAAUGUCUCCAGCAGCCGGCAUGAAGGAGAAAAAGGUCACCUGUAUGUUCAUUCCGGACGGCCAAGUGUGCCUGAACGCCAAGAUCGACAGACGCGGUUUCUGCGAAGGUGAAGAAAUCUUAAUCGACGCCAAGUUCGAGAACACCUGCUCUCGCAUCGUGGUUCCCAAAGCCGCCAUUGUGGCCAAGCAGACGUACCAGGUUAACGGGCACACCAAAGUGGUCAGGCAGAAGCUUUCAUCUGUCCGUGGGAAUCACAUCAUCUCGGGGAUGUGCGACGCCUGGCUUGGGAAGUCCAUCCGCGUUCCCAAGAUCAAACCAUCCAUCCUGGGUUGUGGGAUCAUCCGAGUGGAGUACGCCCUCAUGAUCUACAUGCACAUCCCAGGCAGCGAGAAGCUGAUCCUGGAGCUGCCCCUGGUCAUCGGAACAGUGCCCUACAGUGGCCUCAACAGCCGCACCAACAGCAUGAGCAGUCAGGAAAGCACAACCUCGACCAGCUGGGUGUCCCUGCGCCUACCGUCCACAGGUCCGCCCAGCUACUGCGACGUGACCCGUGACGUCCGCCUGGACCAGCCGCUCACACCCCUGCUGGACGACUACGACGGUGGGGACAGUCCCAUCUUCAUGAACAGCCCACACUUCAGCUUCCCUCCACUUCCUCCCUACUCCGAGGUGGAGGAAGAGUACAACGGCAACGCCCGCAUGCUUCCAGUGUGCUGAGCGACUUCCAAAGCCAUCCAGUCUUCCGUCACAACAUCAGGGAACCGGUGAAGCUUCCUCUCAGGGACACCAGAGACGGACAAACAGGGUUUUCCCCCGUGUCCGGGGCGUCACACCGCCUGAGCGAUGCCUUUUUCUCUGUGAACGUUCAGGGACUGAACACGGCAUGCGUCGUUUUCACUGUUACAAGUCUUUCGCUCGAUGAGUGUCCUGCUGAACUGCAGCGUGUAGUUACUGAGACAUUCCCUUUCAGACGCAAUAAAAACAAACGCACGCCGCAAAACUUCCAGCUUCUCGUUCUUCGCCUAAUCAGAGCGGUUUGUGUAGAAAUCCCCUGUGUAGGAGACUUUAUCCGAGGAACCGAUUUGAUCAGUUUGUUCUGAUGAAGCGGUUUCUCUUGUUAUAAUGCACUUUGGUUUGGAUGCAGUUGUGCUUCCUGACUGCCUGAAGAGACUUUUCUCUAUCCAGUCACGAUCGUCUUCCACUUUCCCGUCGCUCCGACCUGGACUUUUCCUUAGCGACAUCUCCACACCACGCCAAACACUUCAGGGUGCUGAUCUUCUCUGUGAUUUUAGCCAGAUCAGGAAAAGACUGCAUCCUCCAACUUUCUAUCCAUAAUCGCUUUUAUAUUCCCAGCGAUCGCUUUUCAGAAAGAAUGUGACCAGAUUGUAUUUGUACGUGGAGCACGUUUUUGUUUUUUGUACAAAAAAUUGUAUUAUAAAUUGUGUUUUGUAUUCAAACCCUGUGGGUUAGUUUUCAAUAAAAGAUUAAAAAUUA